AGUCCCGCGCUCCGGCCCCGGCGCCGCUAUGAACCUGCCGCCGGGCAGCGGGGGCGGCCCCCCGACCCCGCUGCGCCUCGGCGGCGGCGGCGCCCACCUCCUCGGCUCGCCCUGCGCGGUCAACCGGCCCAUUGACAUCGUGGGGAAGCGCCGACGCUUUGAUCUUGAGAAUGGCCUGUCUUCGGGAAGGAGCCCACUGGAUCCACAGACCAGCCCUGGCUCGGGCCUCGUCAUCCAAGGCAGCUUCCCUCACAGUCAGAGGCGAGAGUCUUUCCUCUACCGAUCAGACAGUGACUAUGACCUCUCCCCCAAGGCCAUGUCCCGGAACUCCUCUAUUGCCAGUGACCUACUUUCUCUCUCCUGCAGACAUGGAGAAGACAUGAUUGUGACCCCAUUUGCCCAGGUCUUAGCCAGUCUACGAACCGUCAGGAGCAACUUUGCCGUGCUGACUCGCCUACAGGACCGCGUGGCCAAGAGAGUGUCAAGCAGUAACCCACCUUCUGGCUGCCGGGCUGCACCGCUCCCAGAGGAUGCCUGCCAGAAGCUGGCCAUGGAGACCCUGGAGGAGCUGGACUGGUGCCUGGACCAGCUGGAGACCCUACAGACCCGGCACUCUGUCAGCGAGAUGGCCUCCAACAAAUUCAAGCGGAUGCUUAACCGGGAGCUGACUCACCUGUCAGAGACCAGCCGCUCUGGAAACCAGGUGUCUGAGUACAUCUCCCGGACCUUCCUGGAUAAACAGCAUGAGGUGGAGCUCCCCUCCAUGCCGGUGAAGGAGAGGGAGAGGGAGAAGGAGAAGGAGGAGCGGCCCAUGUCUCAGAUCAGCGGCGUUCGCAAGCUAACACAUGGCUCCAGCUUCUCAGCAGCUGCCAUUCCUAGAUUUGGCGUUAAGACUGAGCACGAGACGCUGCUGGCAAAGGAGCUGAAAGACACAAACAGGUGGGGUCUGGAUGUAUUCAAGGUGGCUGAGCUCUCUGGAAACCGCCCGCUGACAGCCAUCAUGUAUAGCAUCUUUCAGGAGCGGGACCUGCUGAAAACCUUCCAAAUCCCAGCGGACACCCUGGUCACCUACCUGCUGACCCUGGAGGACCAUUACCACGCUGAUGUGGCCUAUCACAACAGCAUCCAUGCAGCAGAUGUGGCCCAGUCCACCCACGUGCUCCUGUCUACACCAGCGCUUGAGGCUGUUUUCACCGACCUAGAAAUCUUGGCUGCCAUCUUCGCCAGUGCCAUCCAUGACGUGGAUCACCCUGGGGUCUCCAACCAGUUUCUGAUCAACACCAACUCAGAACUGGCCCUCAUGUACAACGAUGCCUCCGUCCUGGAGAACCACCACCUGGCUGUGGGCUUCAAGCUGCUUCAGGAGGACAACUGUGACAUCUUCCAGAACCUGAGCCCCAAGCAGCGGCAGAGCCUGCGUAAGAUGGUCAUCGACAUGGUGCUGGCCACGGACAUGUCUAAACAUAUGAACUUGCUGGCCGACCUGAAGACCAUGGUGGAGACGAAGAAGGUGACAAGUUUGGGUGUCCUGUUGCUGGACAACUACUCUGACAGGAUCCAGGUCCUUCAGAAUAUGGUGCACUGUGCCGACCUCAGCAACCCCACCAAGCCCUUGGAGCUGUACCGCCAGUGGACAGACAGAAUCAUGGUGGAGUUCUUCCAACAAGGAGACCGGGAACGGGAGAAGGGCAUCGAGAUCAGCCCCAUGUGUGACAAACACACAGCCUCUGUGGAGAAGUCCCAGGUGGGUUUCAUUGACUACAUUGCACACCCACUGUGGGAGACCUGGGCUGACCUAGUUCACCCAGAUGCCCAGGAGAUCCUUGACACCCUGGAGGACAAUCGAGAAUGGUACCAGAGCAUGAUUCCCCGGAGCCCGGAUAGCAGUGGCGGAGGUGGCCACGAAGCCACCCUGGCUAAGGGAGCUGACAAGUUCCAGUUUGAACUGACGCUGGAGGAAGAGGAAGGAGAGCUGGAGGAGGAGGAAGGAGAGCCCAGGAGCCAGGCUGAGGAAGGAGAGGAGGAGAACAGCGGCAGCGACUCAAAGACCCUGGCCACGGAUGACUCGGAAUCAGCCGAGGUGGAACCUCUGUCUCCAGAAGAAGAGGCUAGUCCUGAGGCAGAGAGGAGACAGCUCCAGGAGCCUGUGCCUCUGGAUAAUGAGAGGACGCUGUCCCAGGCCAGGGUCAAGAGCCUGCAGGAGGGGGACGGGGAUGUGGAUAAGGAAGGCAACCUUACAUUCUACCCCCUGGGAACAUAACAGGCGUGACUGCCCUCUCCCCUCCAGGCCUGGAACCACUUCUCAGACUUAGGACUUGGGGUGGGAUGGGAGGGAUUAUAUUAGAAAAAAAUCCCCCUCCCAACUCUCCCCUCUCCUGCCUCUGUCACCCCCCUCCCCAAGCCCCUGAUCUAAACAACUAAAAACGUGAAGAAACAUCCCACUAAAACCAGAGCUGGGGCCCAGAGUAGAGCUGGGGUGCUUGGUCUAGACCUGGCCGGUCCCCGGGUAUCACUACAGCUCCUCAGAGUUAGGGGAGGAAUGGAAGGAAGAGGGGAGACAGGUGGCUGGGCUCCCUUGUGGGAACUACGGCUAGUUGGGAGGAAAAAGCCUAGAGAGUGGGAAGAAAAAUUGAGAAAAGAAAAAAUGAAGAAUACCUCUCUAACACAGCUGUCCAACAUUGAAAUGAGCUGACUUAAAAAGAAGUGAGCCUCCCUGUCCAGUGGAGGUAUCCAAGUAGACAGAGGCCCUCAAGGGGAUUUCUGCUUGGGGGGAGAUGUCUUCUGAGGCUCAGUGACAUUUGAGUGGCCUGCUUCUUCAGCAGGGGCAGGGGCUUCAUUGAGGUCUCUGGGCCUGUUUUCCUCAGCUUGUAAAAAUAUGGGUUGAAUUUGGUGGUCUCAUAGGUCCUUCCCAGUUCUAGACCCUAUGAUCAAGGUGGCUUUGAACCCUGGUCAUAGAAAGUUUGGCCCUUGGCCCUGCCAGCUCGAGGCCCUCUGCCAACACUGGCUAGCAGAGAGCAGUUAGUGCCUUCCAUGGUAGUACCGUGAAGGGCACUAUCUCCCCAUGGUCAGGACCUUGUACCCUUCCUCAAGGCACAGCCCCUGGUAGAGGAGAAAGAGCAGCUCACCCCAAGAGCUCUGUCUUAAGAAUCCAGGCUGUUCCUGACCUCUCCCCCAGCCCCCUACAGAUUGGAAGUUCUCAGAAAUGGCCCACUGAGGAAGCAAUGGGAACAGGGGACAUUGGGGAGGGAAGGGGAAGGAGGAAGCCUCUGGGAGCUAGAGUUUGGCUCAGUGUGAACUUCCUAAGCACCAGGGCUGGUCAGUAGUGGAAUUGGCUGUGGUGGGAUAUAGUGGGAUUCAAGCUGCAUGAUUGCCAGAUGGAAGUGUUGUGGAGGGGGUUUGUGUUGAAGUAGCAGUGGGACCAGAGAUCCCCUUGAAGCCCCUCUGGGUCGGAGAUACUGAGUGGUUCAGAAUUGUUCUGCUCAUUGGUGUGACUUCUCCCUCUGUGGCCCAGACCAGCACUUCAGAGGUGCAGGCCCCAGCUCCAGCUUUCUGCUUCCUCCAGCCUAAGUAGAGGAAGGGGGGAGGGGAGAGAAGACACAGCUAGCACAGAAGUGACUCCAGUCCUCCCCCACGGGCAGACAUAGGGGGAGUAGCACCUUGGACACUGCCAUUUAAUUUAUUUUGACACUGGCUCACGUGUUUUUAAGAUUUUUUUUGUAGCUCACUUUUUUUUAAAGUAAAGACUUGGUCACACACACACAUAUACACAGCUCCAGGCCUGCUUAUCCCGGGAGGAGCCAGGCUGUGGGCUGCUGAUUGCCCAGACUGGCCUUUCCCCAGGACUGAGGGGGAGGGUUGUUUGCUCCAGUGGGUGGGAUCCCCUGGAGGGGAGGGGAGAGGUGUGCCUUUUGGUGUAGUGGGCAAGUUAGGAGGCCUGGGUUCUAAACCUAGCUCUGCCCCUACCUCACUGUGUACCUUGGGCAAGCCAUUUCUUCUCUGGCGUCCUCAGUCUCCCCAACCAUAAAAUUGGGGAGGGCAGGUUGAACUAGAUUUUCAAAUUUUCUCUUGCCUCUGACAUGGCCUAAGGUCCUUCCCAACUCUGACAUCUUGUGUCCUAAGUUCCCUCCCAGCUCUGACAUUCUGUGUUCUAAGGGCCCUCCCUGCUCUAACAUUUUGGGUUCUAAGGGCCCUCUCAGCCCUGACAUUAUGUGUUCUAAGGGCCCUCCUAGUUCUGCAGUUCUGUGUUCUAUGUUCUAAGGUCUCUCUCAGCUUCAACACUAAUCUAUGUUCUAAGAUCUCUCCAAGAAUUGUGUUCUGUGUUCUGUGUUCUGAGGUCCCUCCAAGAAUGGUGUUCUGUGUUCUAAGGUCCCUCCCAUCAUUGUAUUCUGUGUUCUAAGGUCCUUCUCAACAUUGUGUUCUGUGUUCUAAGGUUCCUCUCAGCCUUGUGUUGUGUUCUAAGGACCCUGUUCUAUAAUCCUAACAAUGACACCUAAGCUCCCAGUCCUCUAUCUGUUCUCUCUCCUGUUUUUCUCACCUCUGUGUUUCUUUUGUUUCUCUCCUCAAGUCUGGGCCAGCCACUGCUGAGAUUCCUCAGGGCUACAGAGACCACAAGUCUGGGAUGAAGUGAGGCAGGCCUGGGCUGGGGUCUUUGUGGAGGACUUUGCCUGCCGGCUCCCUCCACCCCUCCCCAGGCCCAUGGCUCCCUGGCCAGAACCAACCACACUCCCCAUUGUCUUGGGAUACCAGCAGGGAGGAAGGGAAGAAGCUUUGACCUUAGAGGAGUUGGUGGCCAGGGAGGAUGGUUGGCCUGGACCACUGCAGGGCUCUUCAGUCAUGGGCUUGGGGAGGCCACCCCUUGGUCCAUCCGUUCUGACUGGUGUGGUGGGGUAAAGUGGGGCCCGCAAUGACACCUGGCUCAGCAGAGGGACCCCAGGCCCAGGGGAGACUCCUCUCCCAUCCCCUUAACACCAGCCAGCCUCAUCGCCUGUCCUGGCUGCUUUUUCACCUCUUGUGUGUAAGGUAGACCUCAGAUAAAAACAAAAUCUUUGACAGCCUGACUUGGUGUGUUUUGUCUGUCCUGACACCCAGCCAACCCCACAUCAUCGAAGGCCAAGCACAAACCUACCAGUGCAGUUCAACAAACAUGGAUGAAACCCUACUAUGUG